AUGAAGUUCACGACCGCCCUUUAUGUCAUGAUCCUUGCGGCCUCAACGGCCCUUGCUAUGCCAGCACCAGAUGCAGAGGCUGACCCGCAAUGCCAGCGCCAUGGACAACCAUGCUGGAAAGUCAAACGCGAGGCAAUCCCAGAGCCUGCACCUGUGGCUGAGGCUGACCCUCAAUGCCAGCGUCAUGGACAACCUUGCUGGAAGGAGAAGCGCGAGGCAGUGCCAGAGCCACAGUGCAUCAGACACGGACAACCUUGCUGGAAGGUCAAGAGAGAAGCAGAGGCCGAAGCCAUGGCAGCAGCUGAGGCAAUGGCAGAGCCACAAUGUAUUCGACAUGGACAGCCAUGCUGGAAGGUCAAGAGAGAAGCAGAGGCUGAGGCCCUUGCUGCUGCGGAGGCAAUUGCCGCAUUCAAGGCAUAG